AUGAAGCUGAGGGGAAGGUCAGCUUGGCCUUGGCAGGUGGCCUUCCUUGUUGCCUUGGUGAUGCUCUGGGUUGACCCCGUGUCCGCCGGCAGCCGUAAUCAUCGGGGACCAACAGUGUCGUAUCAAGUGAAGCAGGGCACCUGUGAGGUGGUGGCCAUCCAUCGCUGCUGCAACAAGAACAAGAUUGAGGAGCGAUCUCAAACCGUCAAGUGCUCCUGCUUCCCCGGGCAGGUUGCUGGGACGACCAGAGCCAGACCGUCCUGCGUGGAAGCCUCUAUUGUCGCCCAGAAGUGGUGGUGUCACAUGCAGCCCUGCAUGGACGGAGAGGAGUGCAAAGUCCUGCCCGACCUGACAGGCUGGUCAUGCAGCACCGGCAACAAAGUCAAAACCACCAAGGUUACGCGAUAGCGAGAGCCGCCGAGGCCAAAGGAAACCCGAAGCGCUCCAUGUGGAGACGGCGGAUGACUCACACGCAUUCACAGACUGAAGGGGGAAUAUGGAGGGGAAGGGACUGCUGUCUGUCACAAAAACAAAACUAAAUGGAUAAAAUGUUCUCAUCAAAACCACAUGGAGACACAAAUGCAGCGAAAACUGUUGGUAGAAGCUAUGAGACUACAGCCGAGGUCACACACAGACGAUGACGCCAUUCCUACUCUCUACGGUGGAUCUCGAAACACAAAAAUGCAGUAUUUUGAAACUGUGCUUGAGCCGAGCGUAGCGCGAACUCAAGGAUGCGCUGACGGUGUCGUCAGACCCUGGACGCCUCUGCCAGAGACGGGAGUGAAGAAGGUCUGGGAGCAAUGAAUGAGAUAAAAGCUCAUAACUGGCAAAAUAGCAAAUUAGCAUCAGAAUGCUCUUGUGGGUCAUGUCACCGACGCUCCCGCUGUUUUUGCAGGAGUCAUUUUGCAGCUGUAAUUAGGGGGGAUUGCAGUAGAAUCAUAACAGCAUUAUUAAAAAUUCAUGUAGGAUAUUUGCACCCGUCGGACCCGUUUGGGUGAUGUUCUAUUGUUCGGUACACGGCACAUCCUUUGUGGUGGACCUAAGAUGAAACCGGAGGUGAAGCGUUUUGUAAACUGUCUGACGUGCGAAGUACUGUAGAUAAAUAUGCAUAUCGUAAACCAUUAAUUCUGAGUAGUUAUUUGGUAAAAAAAAAUAAGUAUUCAUGGAGCUUUACUUUCUUGCAGCUUGGAACAAUAUGAACUAGAAAACAACGUCUCAUUUAUUUCUCUUUUUAUUUUCGCCCGGAGACAUUUAUGAGCUCAUCCUUCAGAGUUAUGUCUCCUUGAUCUGCUGGGUUCAGUCGGCGGCGAUGGUUUUUAAGGAAAACAAUUCACCCAAAAGAAUCAUCCGUCUUUGUGCCGUUCGCACAGCUGAUUGAAACUGAUUUUUCUAGCCACAGUGACUUGCAAAAGUAUCAAUACUUCUUGGCCAUUUUAGCAUUUUUGUUACUUAAAGAACAGAAACUGAUGUAUGUUAGUUUGAUUAUAUGAAAUAGUCCAACACAAAAUAGUGCAGAAGUGUUCAGUGGAAGAUAUUUAUUUGAAACAUUUUGCCCAGUAAAAGUCGGAACAUUUGUGCAGCUUUGUACCCGACUUCUCCGUUAUGUUUGGUCUUCAUGACAUUAUUUGUUUUGCUGUUUUUCUCUAACAAACCUCCACAGAACAGUUUGAUUUACAUCAAUGUUAAACUCACACAGGGAACUGGCUUCCAUUAGAAAUGCACGCAAAAAAAAUAUUCUGCUAAUGUCGGAAAAACACAAUUUUGCAAUCUAAGUGUUUGAAUUAAAUAAGGAGUGCAAUUAAAAUAACACCCAAAUAAGUUUGUCACUACAAGACACGCCGCAUCAUCGCCAUCCUACCACUUCCUGUUGUUUUCUUCGUCUUUUCCAGCAGCAGUAACAACAGGGUGUUUAUCACGUGACUCGUGCGAUGCGACGAAAGCAUUUGGAAAUAAACCAAUUUCGAUGCAUCUGAAAACUCACCUCAUCCGCCAACUAGUUUUUUUAAAUCAAAGAAUAUGAGAUUUUUCUAAAUUCCCAUUGUCUCCAUUCAGCACAUUUAUUUUGUAGUUUCAAUUUGCAUAACCAAACGGUCAAUGGAAACACAGCUACUGUUAUUGUUUGCCAGAUGAUCAUCCACUAACAAAUGUAAAUCCUAUAUAUAAUUUUCCUGCAACUUAACAAUCUUACACUACUUUGUGUUUUUCUGAUCAUAAAGACUUUUUUUUUCUCGUGUCACAAAAGUAAAAAUGCUCCAGGGGUCUGAAUACUUUUGCAAGCCAUUGUGUUUUUAAUUUUUUUUACUUUGAAUCUAGUGCGGACACUCUGUGGCGUUUCUUAGGCUCUUACAAGCAUAAAUAGCGAGACUGAUUUGUUUUUACAUUUUGUAUGUCAAGAACGCAAACCGGCUCAAUUAGCGGAGGUUUUUGUCGCUACCUUUAUCGGUGGAUGGAUCUUUUUGUGUUCAACGUUUUCCAUUGAUUGCAUCUGAUCAAUGCUCCUGUGUCAUUUACAGAAAUAAUUGCUGCAGAUAAUGUCAGCGUUAGAAACCUCCUUCCUCUACAGGGCCCGAUCAUUACUGCAGUACAGCAGUGUUGCACAGCGAGCAGCCGUCACACUUUUCUGUCUUCUCUCUCAGAGUCUUUUCCCCUCUCUCAUGUCCCUCUCCUCUGGCACACUGACAAAGUGAUGAUAGUGCUGUUAAAAGAAAGUUUUUGUUCCACACGCUGCAUCACAGUUUUCUUGCUUGAACUAGAAUGGAGCUUUUCUUUCGGUUUUUUUUUGUUUUUUUUUUUUUUUUUUUUUGCUGUCACACUUUUUGAAAUGAAGUUUUCUCUCCUGGACAUGCAUCCAAAUCUUUCUCACGCGGCAUCCAGUCUGCCUCUCUGAUACGUGAAUGUGCUGGGUCAGCAUGCCUGGGGGUUAGCCUUCUGGGGCCAGCUCCUCCUCCUCCUCUUCUGCUUUUCAGACAUGCCGCCUUGUGAGCUAUGAUAAAUCUUUGGGAGCUGAGCCGCUGACUCUCCGGCUGCAGCGCUGAGCUCUGAGCCAGAGGGAGCUCGGGGGACGGCAGGGCUACCAGUGGCAGGCGCCUCCACUCUCUCAUUACUGAGAGGCCUGGAUAGAGCCGGUUUCCUCCUGGGAACACUGACACGGAAUAUUUUUAGGCUUACGGUGCAGCGUUGCCGUUAGGCCAGUCACACCACACUGCCCUCUUUCUUUGAGCACCGUCUCAGCAACAAUAGUCUAUUUUGAGAAAAGGAAGAAGAAAAAAAAACAUGACGUUCUGCUGUAGCAGUCAUGCACAUUUUAUAUAUACAUGCAUACAAAAAAACAACAACAAUAAAAAAACCAUGCACAUGCACAUUGGUAAACUUUACAGGUGCUUCUAGAACAUCAUUGUAUAUGUUCACAUAUUCACUUCAGAAGGUGAAACCUGUUUCAUUACGUACAAAGUGAUAUAUUUCAAGCAUUUAUUUCUGUUCAUUUUGAUAGUUGAUGAAAAUGUACAAUUCAGAUUAACAGAAAAUGUGAAUAUUAUAGAAGACAGAUUAAAAAAAGUGUAUUUAGAACUGAAAUGUACUCAGUCGGGGCACCUUUUGUACGAGUUGCCCCAUCAAUAUAGCAUGAUAAGGAGGCUGUCUGCCUGCAGCUCUGCUGGGUGUUGAAGAAGCUCGGGUUGCUCCGUGAGUAGCCCUGACCUCGUCUGCAUUGUUGGAUUUAGUGUCAAAGCCCUCUAAAGGCAGCAGUUAUUCCUGUGCAACUUCCUCAGCCCCACUUUUUCCUUCCACUAAGCUUCCCAUAAAUGCGCUCGGAUAAAGCCCUCUGUGAGUAUCCUGCUUCUUUAGCGAUCUUUGUGUGGCUUACACGCCUUAUCGAGGGUCAGGGUUGAGUAACUGUCUGCUGCUUUUAUUGGUCUAAUAAAAUAUUAAA